AGGACAGAGAGACAGGUUGAGAUGUCGGAGCAUCAGGGAGUUCCAGAUCAGCAGGUGGCUGGGAAAAGUCAAGGAGGUGCAGGAGCCGUGUAUAAGGUCUCCGUGUAUGAAUUCGAAAACUUCCGUGGAAAAAAAGCCGAGCUGUCAGCCGAAUGUAAGGACUUGACUGAGAAGAAUUUGGAUAAAGUUGGAUCGAUUGUGGUUGAAUCUGGACCAUGGGUGGCGUUCGAGCAGAAAGGCUUUGCGGGAGAACAGUUUGUUUUGGAGAAAGGAGAAUAUCCACGCUGGACAACCUGGAGCAACAGUCAGAAGAGCUGCUGUCUGCUCUCCAUCAGACCUCUUAAAGUGGACAGCGUGGACCACAAACUUCAUCUGUUUGAGAACUGCAGCUUUGCUGGGAGAAAGAUGGAAAUUGUGGAUGAUGACAUUCCCAGCUUGUGGGUCCAUGGCUUCCAGGACCGCGUGUCCAGCGCCAAAGCUCUAAACGGAACGUGGGUCGGUUACAUGUACCCCGGAUAUCGCGGCCGUCAGUUUGUGUUUGAACACGGUGACUUUAAACACUGGAACGACUGGGGAGCAACAGAACCGCAGCUGCAGUCCGUCCGGCGUGUACGUGACAUGCAGUGGCACAAACGCGGCUGCUUCAUCAUCCCUGACCCCAAACCCAAACCUAAUCCAAACCCUAAUCCUACACCCGCGCCCCUGUCCCACCCAUGUCAGUAACUGAAGGCCUGGAAAACACACAAGCAAAAGUGACUCCCUCUCGUGUGUGUCUUACAUUGGAAAUAAAGGCCUUGGCCCGAUGGUUUGACCUCUGACCUUUAA